AUGCAAUGUUCGCGUAUACAUACACCGGAUCCAAAGUUUCAUAUGGUUGGAUCAUGUUUACAAUCGAAAGGAACGAUUAUUGGGUAUGGUUUUCAAAAUGAUUUACAAUCAUGUAUUGACUAUUCUGUACAACGUAUGGGCUUAGCAUUUAAUUAUCGUCGAUUAACUAAUAAUAAAAGUAAAUUGUUAUCAGAUGAUAAUGUAAAUAAUAAUGAAGUUACAUGUGAAGUGCUUGACUGCCCUGAAUAUGAAAAUUUUACAUCAUUAGAGCCUAGUCCAAAUUAUAAUUAUUACAGUUUUUAUGCAAAUCCAUUACCAAUCUUAACUUACACGUGCUUACCGAGUAUUGGUUUAUUUAAUCUGCAUAAGGAACACGUUAAUUACACACAAGCUGCAGACAUCUGCAAAGAAGAAGGUGGUGAUUUAGCGCAUAUUCUAACGGACUCAAGAACAAUUGCCAUUUCAAGUUUUUUACGACAGUCCUUUAAAGGAGCAGAUAUAUCUAGAAAAUUAGCAUAUGUGGGAUUACAAGAUGUAAAUGGCAAUGGGAAAUUUCAAACACCACUGGAAGAACCAUUAACUUGUUUUCCAUAUCGAGCUUGGGCACCAUCAAACCCUAAACCUGUAAAUAAGCAUCAUUAUUGUGUGGCUAUAGAUACAGAUAAAAUGUGGAAAACUGUAAAAUGUGGCAUGAAAUUGCCGUUUAUUUGUGAGUUGUACCCAAAUGGACCUUUUGAUAGCACAAAUAUUACAUUACCUGAGAGUGGUUGUGAAUAA